CUCUGCUAUGGCAAAGGCGUUCCCCAACGGUACAACAGAUACAGACCAAUCCGAAAAGAACCUGGCACAUACAUUGAUGGGACUGCUGACAGAUUUUGCAAGACAGGGUGAUCCCAACAACGCUGUACAGUAUGGCCUGCACCAGACUUGGCCUCAGUUCUCGGAGCCAGGGGAACACUAUCUACUGCUGAAUACCACAAUGUCCGUCGGAUCCAAGCCCUACAAGGACCGGGUCACCUUAUGGACGCAGACACUGCCGCGUCUCCUUCAAGCUGCACAGAACCAGCAUCACACGACGAAGAACCCCCACCCUAACAUUGUCGGUUAGCCAUGCAACGACUGCAAGAUGCUGACUUUUCGAAUUAAAAAAGUGGGAUUUCA